UUUUUGAAUUUGUCUAGUAGGUCUUCCGGUAUUCACCGGAAGGCCCCCCCCGUUUUACAGUCUGUUUUUUAACAAUAGAGUAUAGAUGUUGUGCGGGUGUUUCCGUUUUUAUUUAGUUGAGAGGUGUAGACUUUGAGCGUCGCAUAAUUCUGAGGUCUUGCAGUGCUAGGUUUAGGGCUGCGUCGAAAAGCUUCCGGUUACGGCUGUUGCCCUACCCGCCUCGGUCUAGAGCUGUUUUGCAGAGGUUCCCCCUGUUGAGUGUGUUCUUGGUUUUGCUGCACGUGCAACUUUUGUUGCCCUAUGGCGUCCGCCUCGGCCCAACCUGCGGCCCUGAGCGCCGAACAAGCCAAGGUCGUCCUGGCCGAGGUGAUCCAGGCGUUCUCAGCUCCGGAGAACGCCGUGCGCAUGGACGAGGCUCGGGACAACGCGUGCAACGACAUGGGCAAGAUGCUGCAGUUCGUGCUGCCCGUGGCCACGCAGAUUCAGCAGGAGGUUAUAAAAGCCUAUGGCUUCAGCUGCGACGGGGAAGGUGUCCUUAAGUUUGCCCGCUUGGUCAAGUCUUACGAAGCCCAGGAUCCCGAGAUUGCCAGCCUGUCGGGCAAGCUGAAGGCGCUGUUCCUGCCUCCCAUGACACUGCCACCCCAUGGGCCUGCUUCAGGUGGUAGUGUGGCCGCCUCCUGAGGGUUGGCCUCCCCGUGACAAUGCCCAGGAAAGGAAGACCUUGGAGUCCCAGAGGAUAAUAAACAUGCCUGUGAUUUAG